AUGACAUGGGCCUUCUCUUUCUCUCUUUCUUUCGGUGUGUGCUUGCAUCGAAUAAGCCAUCGUCCACUCCAAAUUGUGUUCUUCCCCAAUUUGCCAGCCAAAUCUGAAUCUGACUACACAUUCCAUUGGAUAGACUACGGAACUUUUUAUCGAAAUAAUGGCUGCGGCUCUUCUCUGCAAUCCUACCAUUUCCUCGUCUUUCCAUGGCCGUCGACUGUAAGUUUCUCAAUUCAAGGCAAUUCAGGAAAACCUAAAGCUUGCCGCUUCAGUCAUGGGAGCCCUAGAUGUGCUGUGGAUACGCCAUAUGAAGGUGGAAUUUCAAAGUUCCCUCGGAUAAGGGUAUGGAAUCCUUAUAAGCGGCUGGGUGUAAGUAGUGAUGCAUCAGAGGAAGAAAUUUGGAGUGCUCGGAACUUUUUGUUGACCCAAUAUGCAGGUCACGAGGCAAGUGCAGAAUCAGUAGAAGCAGCUUUCGAGAAACUGCUGAUGAACAGCUUCUGGAAUAGGAAGAAAACAAAGAUUAACUUAAAAACCAAGCUAAAGAAGAAAGUUGAGGAGUCUCCCCCAUGGGUUAAGAAUUUGGUCAGUUUUGUAGAGCUUCCUAUUCCUCCCCAAGCCAUUAUUUUAAGACGGGCUUUCCUGUUUGGUUUAAUGGCUGGCUGGAGUUUAAUGAACUCUGCAGAAGCCGGGCCUGCCUUCCAGGUGGCAUUAUCUCUUGCAGCUUGCAUAUACUUCCUCAAUGAUAAGAGUAAAAGUUUUCCUAGAGCCGCCAUUAUCGGAUUUGGAUCGCUUGUAGUCGGUUGGAUCUGUGGUUCGUUUUUGGUUCCCCUUAUUCCUACAUAUUUGUUGCAGCCCACUUGGACUCUUGAACUCCUUACAUCCCUGGUAGCAUAUGUUUUCAUGUUUUUGGCAUGUACUUUCCUCAAGUGAUACUUACAAACAAAAAAAAAAAAUCACUAUAUUCUAAUGGAUGGUGUAGAAAUUUACAUAAUUUUGUUUGAAUUUUGAUUCAAUAAUAUUUGUUCUGUGUUCCUUUA